AUGAAGUGGCACAAUAUCGUCGCGCUUGGCCUUGUCGCCGUCCCGGAAACGCUGGCGUGGGGAGGUUUCGGCCAUAUCACCGUUGCCUACAUCGCUUCCAACUUCGUCCGCGAUGGCACUGCAGCCUACUUCAAGGACCUUCUAGCCAACGACACCUCAGAUUACCUCGCAGGUGUCGCAACAUGGGCGGACUCGAUUCGAUACACCAAAUGGGGCCACUACACCGGUGUUUUCCACUUCAUCGAUGCGAAGGACGACCCGCCGAGGAACUGUAGCGUUGACAUGGAGCGCGACUGCAAGGAGCAAGGGUGCGUGGUGACGGCGAUCCAGAACUACACUUCGCAGCUGCUGGACCCGAAGCUCGAGGCGUGGAAGCGGGCGCAGGCCGCCAAGUUCGUGAUCCAUUUCGUGGGCGACAUCCACCAGCCGCUGCACACCGAGGACGUGCAGCGCGGCGGCAACGGCAUCCACGUCAAGUUCGAGGACGUCGACCUCAACCUGCAUCACGUGUGGGACACGAGCAUCGCCGAGAAGCUCGUCGGCGGCGUGCACCGCAAGCCCUACGCAGACGCGCUGCUGUGGGCGAACAAGCUGACGGCGGAGAUCAAGAGCGGCAAGUACCAGGCGCAGAGCGAGACGUGGUACGAGGGCAUGGACUUUGGGGACCCGAUCGCGACGGCGCUAUACUGGGCGAGAGAGAGCAAUGCAUACGUGUGCGAAGCAGUGCUUCCAGAAGGCCCCCUUGCCAUCGUGGGCCAGGAAUUGGGCGGCGACUACUACGAGAAGGCAGCUCCCAUUAUCGAGGUGCAAAUUGCCCGAGCCGGCUUCCGGUUAGCGAAGUGGCUGGACCUCAUCGCAUUGAUGAGCACUCUGGGGGGCGUUAUAGAUGAAUUGUAA